AUCGGCGGCCAUCUUGACGGCGCCAUGUUUUGACUUUUAAUUUUCAUGCGCUCGCGGAACUUAAUUCUAGUGCGUAUUACUUCAAGUGAUAAACUGUUUUAGGCAUGUGGACAUAGUAUUCAGUGAAAAACGAUAAAUAGCUCACAUAAUGGAAGAUGGUUAUAUGGAACAGCAGGACGUGUCGUUGAACGAAGUUAGCCGAAGCGACGCACCCGAAGCAGAGGCUGGGAAGGACUUCGCCGAAUACACUGGUUAUGAAGAAGGUUACGAAGAGGAAGACGGCGGUAACAACUUUCGCGGUAAUCGGGGCCGUGGGAGCUUCAGAAGCCGUGGUCGCGGCCCCCCGCCUGGUUGGAUGAACGGUCCGCCGCCGCCUAUGCGAUUUCGUGGACGCGGCUACGGACCCACAGGACCUCCAAUGCGCGGACGAGGCUUCUUCAGGGGACGGGGCGGACCCCGUUUCGGACCUAAUGGACCGAAUUUCGACAACAAUUGGGGACCGAUGGGUCCCCCGCCUCCCAACAUGAUGUGUCCGCCGCCCUUCGGCCCCCCUCCCGGCAUGAUGCCUCCCGGGGGGCCGAUGGGUCCCCCUCCUAAUAUGAUGAAUCAGCCCCCGUAUGGAGGACCACCUGGUAUGCCGCCCCCUGGUAUGAACCCUGAAGUAUGGGUGGAAACGAAGACAGAUGAAGGCAAAUCAUACUAUUACCAUGCUCGGUCCCGGGAGACUACAUGGACCAGGCCAGUGGAGGGACCGAACUGCAAGGUCAUCACACACGGUGAGAUGGAGAUACUGGUAGCUUCAGGACAAAUCCCCCAAAUAUCGGCACAAGGGGUCGGCAUGAACGGUCCCAUGGGCCAGGCGCCGCUCGUGAUGCCCAACGGCAUGAUGCUGCCCGGCGCGCAGCACCAGUACAUGGGGCCGCCGCCCUGGGGGAAGGACGAUAAAGACAAAGCCUCUGAGUCCGUAGUGAGCAGUAUGACUGAUAACGAUGAAAUGCCACCGGGAGAAGCAGUCCCUGGACAGCAGCAAACCAAUGGUUACAACGCAUACCAGCAGGGAGAGUCAUACGGGCCUCCGGGCUGGCCGGCCUGGGGCUGGCCUCCCGCCGUGAACAACCCCAGCAACCCCGAAGCGGCCCCGGGCGCGUGGCCUAGCAGCGGCGCCGCGCCGCAGUGCGAGCCCGCCGAGCAGCCCCGGGCGCCGCCCACCGUGCCCAUGCCCAAGAAGGAAACCGUGAUCUCGCCCAAGCUGCUGGAGCUGGCGGCGGAGUGGACGAGCCACAAGGCGCCGGACGGCCGCCCCUACUACUACAACGCCAGCAAGCAGGAGAGCGUCUGGGAGAAGCCCGCAGUGCUCAAGGAACUCGACGAUAUAAAAUCCUUGAUAGCCGCCGAGAAGGGCGAGAAAUAUCCUAAUAUAGAAAUAGAUCCCAGCAAAAUAGUGGUCAUCGACGUUGAAGAGGAUGAGGAACCGCAGAGCAACACGGAUGCGGAGAAGGAAGCCGCCGCCGCCGAGAAGGAGAAGCAGAAAGAGGAGAAGGAAAAGGCGGAGAAGGAGCGACUCGAGAAGGAAAAGGCAGACAAGGAGAAGACCGAGAAGGAAGCUGCCGAGAAGGAGAAGGCGAAGCACGGCAGGAGACCCAUCUCUACCACGCCCAUUGUAGGAACGCCUUGGUGCGUCGUGUGGACGGACGACGGGCGCGUGUUCUUCCACAACCCCACCGAGCUCACGUCCGUGUGGGACCGCCCCGAGCUGCUCAUCGGCCGCCCCGACGUGGACCGCGCCGUCACCAACCCGCCCGCCGCCGUGCUCGACCUGCUGCGCAUCACGUCCACCGUGGGCGGCAAGGAGUCGGAGCCCGGCGUGUCCAGCACCACGCCCUCCGUCACCAGCACCGCCGACACCAAGCGCCCGGCCGACGCGGACGCGGACGCCGCCGCCGCCGCCGCCACCGCCGCCAAGAAGCCAAAGAUUGAAGAAAAGCUGGAGGAGGUGAGCGCGGCGGAGGCGGAGGCGCGGGCGGCGCGCGUGCGCGUGGCGGUGCCGCACGAGCAGCGCGUGGCGUCGUUCCGCGCCAUGCUGCGCGAGAAGAACGUCUCCGCCUUCAGCACCUGGGACAAGGAGCUGCACAAGAUCGUCUUCGAGCCGCGCUACCUCGUGCUCAACUGCAAGGAGCGGCGCCAGAUAUUUAAUCAGUACGUGACCGAACGUGCCGAGGAAGAGAGGAAGGAGAAGAAAAACCGAUUGCUAGCAAAGAAGGCGAACUUCAAGCAACUCUUGGACGAAGCCAAGCUUCAUACAAAGUCCUCGUUCCUGGACUUCUCCUCCAAGCACGGCCGAGACGAGCGGUUCAAGGCGAUAGAGAAGCCGCGGGACAGGGAGGUAUACUUCAACGAGUACCUCGCCGAGAUCAGGAAGAGGGACAAGGAGGAGAAGGAGCGGAAGAGAGAACAGGCUAAACUGGAAUUCAUAGCGCUGCUCAAAGAGAAGUCGGUGGACCGCCACGCCAGGUGGGUCGAUGUCAAGAAGAAGCUGGACUCGGAGGCGCGGUACAAGGCCGUGGAGACCAGCGGCCUGCGCGAGGACUACUUCCGGGAGUACUGCAAGCUCGUCAAGGAGGAGAGGAAGAAAGAGAAGGACGGGAAAGACAAGGGUGUCAGUAAGAAAGAGAAAAAAGACAAAGAACGCGAUAAGGAGAAGAAGAAGAAAGAGAAGGGAGAGCCAAAGCAGGAACCGCCGCCGGCCGAACCCGCGGUGGAAGCCGGGAACACAGGGGAGGGCGCGGGGGGCGAGGGCUCGGCGCCGACAGUGGACGAGGAGGCCGCGGCCCGGGAGCGCGAGGCCCGCGCCGCCGCCUCCAUCAAGGAGAGGGAGAGGCAGGUGCAGCGAGCCCUCGCCACCAGCCUCCGGGACCGGGACAAGGAGAGACAGUACCACAAGCGAGACGAGGCCGUACAGCACUUUAACGCUCUACUGGCGGAUCUCGUCCGGAACCCGGACCUGACGUGGCGCGAAGCCAAGAAACAACUGAAGAAGGACCACCGCUUCGGACUCGCCGAGCUGCUCGCCAAGGAGGACAAGGAGCGUUUAUUCAGUCAGCACACGAACAACUUGGCGUCGAAGAGACGAGACAAGCUUCGGGGGAUCCUGACGGAGCUCGGGGUGUCCUGCACGGCCGCGUGGAAGGAAGUGAAGGAGACGCUCAGCAGCGACCCCACCACCCCCGCCUACGCCAGCGCCACGCAGAUGGAGCGCGAGUUCCGCGACUACCAACGCGACAAGCAGAGCGCCGCCAAGACCGCGCUGCGCCAGCUGCUGCUCGAGACGCGCUCCCUCACGCACCGCACGCGCGCGCAGCUGCGGGACCACACGCAUGUGCACGACGCGCUCGCGCACGACGCCAGAUACACGGCGCUCGACCACAUCCCCGAGGAGCGGGAGCAGAUGAUAGCGAGCUACCUGGAGGAGCUGGAGAAGAAGGGCCCCCCGCCUCCCCCCACGGCCACCGAGCCCUCCCGCAGGAACAAGCACUGACCGGACCCCGCGUGUACAUUACAUGAAGCUGUGAAUAAACUAUAGUUUAAUUAAAUAAAUAAAUUCUUGAAAAUUU